UGGUGGAGUCUCCAGAGGCUGGUUUUAGAACGUAAGAGACAUCUCCUAUUUCUACAGACAAUAUAUUCUAUAUUUUGGUAGCAGUAACGGGCUAUCCACAGCUUGCUAACACAAGCAGGAGCACCUGCAUUGUAAUUCGACUUGUGAAAAUGGAUCGGUUUUAGGAGAAGGCCUCCAUCAACGUUGCUACUAGCUAAACUAGCAAGCUACAUGAUGCCCUCCCUCAGCUGUUCACCUGGCUGUGACUCGUGCCUCCUGUUCAGCCAGAAGAUAGUGGAACUUGAAGCCAGAAUAUCGACUCUCCACCAGAUCAAGGCAAGUGAACAGUUCCUCGACACCAUUAUCAUUGGAAGUUCCCCUCACACACACACUGUCGGAUGUCUUGAUUCCACUGUGCCCUGCAAUACUCUCACCCCACCACGCACUAAUACAACCUCUGACCCUGUUGUCUCUCCUCGGCUUCUGCCGAGGACCCAGCCAGCUCUGCUGACCAGCUCCACUCCACACCAGCCUGAGCCAUGGCGUGUAAGCAAGCACCAGAGCAGGCGGUCAGGACGACGCUCAGCCCCAGCCCAACCCCUACAACUAGAAAAUCGCUACAGCAUUCUGACGAACGACGAGGAGUUCCCUUCUCUGCCACGUCCCCACGCAGCUCAUCCUGGUCCAUCCACACAGUCGACGCGCCCAUUGAGGGCGGACUCUCCCCCCUCGGACUCAUCAACCUCCACGCUGGUCAUCGGAAGCUCCAUGGUCAGGGACCUCUACAUUCCCCCUUCACCUAGCAGUCCCUCCAAGGUCUACUGCUUCCCCGGUGCCAAUGUCCGUGACAUCCAGCACAAACUUCCCAGCAUCCUCGCCCGCCACGCCAAGGUCAACAACAUCAUCGUGCAUGUGGGCACAAACGACAUCAGAGAGAGACGGUCAAUAGCACUCCGGAAAGACUUCAUAACUCUCAUCACCAUCCCUGAUGGGCACAGGAAAACGGAUCGUCAUCUCUGGGCCUCUACCUACCUACAGGAAGGGUGCGGAGAGAUGGUCCAGACUGUUCUGGCUCCACACCUGGCUGGAACCACUCUGCACCUCCCUGAGCAUUCCCUAUGUCGACAACUUCAACUUGUUCUGGGAAAUGCCCAACCUCCUGAAGCAUGAUGGUCUCCACCCAAACUGACACGGAGCCAGGCUGCUAUCUGACAACAGAACGACCACACUGAAAGACACUGACUUGAGUUCCCGAGCUCUCUGCAGCAGGUCUUGGGCGGUCUCGGCGGUCUCCUGCAGGUACCUCAGGUCGUCUUGGAUGUUGAUGGUGUUGGACAGCAGAUUAUUGAUGUCUUUGAUCAUUGAUCGGAUCUGAUCUGGUGUUCCUGGCAGCUGGAUGGCCAGAACAGCUUGGGACAUUUUCUCAAUGUCCUCCGGAGGAACCAUCUCAUCUGUCCGGGAGAAAACAUGAUGAGUUACCUUUCAGUUGUACGACGGUUGUUGUUGAUUAUAUUGUGUCAACUUUGUAAUACUGAUAAGCACUUUUCCUACCCUGUGUGGGCUACUUUGACGCUGCUACCCAUGUGCCUUGCUUAGUACUUGUAUUUAUUUGUUCUCAUACUGUAACGGUUGUGUUCCAGUUUUUAUUGUUGUUUUAGGCUUACUCUAUUCCCCCCAACCCACCCCACUAGUGACUGUGUGUAUAUCUUCUUGUAUGUGUUUAUAACUGCUGCACACCCAAUCGCCCUUCAGGGACACAAAUAACAUUGAAGUUGUACGACGGUUAUUGUUAAACUCUACAACUGUCUGUAUUGUUGUAUGACGGUUGUUGUUAAAGCAUAAAACUGUCUGUAUAUGAA